AUGGCGUCGCUCAGACCGUCGGUUGUCCUGCUCUACCUGCUCGCGCCUUUGCUCAAGUUCGGGGCAAUGAUGCUGCCAAAUAUUGGCCCGCCGAUUAAAUACACUGUUCCUUCGAUAUUCGUUUUUGCAACCGCUACGGCGUUAGCUCAGCAACUUUGGUACAUGUUGUCACGACACCUACGAAAGCAUAGCGUCGAAGAUAUCGUACCGGAGGUCUUUGCAAGGGGCAGAGGCAAGGAGAGGUCGCGGGAACAAUGGCGGCGUCUGUCCAGGUUCUGCGCAGGGGCUGUUCGGUUGCUAUUGUGCAUCUUGUAUUUCCACGCUGCUGUUGAAAGCGUAGUCCCCCUUGUACCACGGGCUCUUGUAAUAUCUCCUCAAUUGGUUAUCACAAUCCUUUUCGGCGCACCACUGCUGCCCUUGACUACCCCACGCUCGCUCUCUUCGCUCAGGACAAUAGCGGUUACUGGUCUAUCCACAUUGUCCUAUGUCGCUUGGUUUAUCUGCGUCGCCGUCGCACACGCGCAUGGUACACUUGAAACGUCCCAUAGUUGGAGCAACCUUUAUAAAUUAUGGCGGCCUCUCACUACAACGGCGUUUGCAUUCGCAUGCCCCAACUCGCUACAGUUGUAUUCUAACAUGAAGGGAACUACCGGUCGCUCCAAGACCUCCAACUACCGCUCAUUCAGCACACUGCUCCUACUAUCCUUGACCAUCGCUAUCAGCCUUACCCUGCCAUUAACAUUCUUCACCGCCCGUUGGAGACAUUCUUCGCCGCCCCCGCAUACGCAGGCCAUCGACAUAUUGCAGGCGAUCACUCUUCUCCUAGCGAUACCUCCGCUGAUCAUUACCAUGCCCCCAUUACCAGCUCCCGAUCGAUUCCGCCAUUUGACAAAUGUCUCGGUAUCGAAGAUUGUGAUGGUUUUUAUCGUCAUUGCGUCCUCCACCCUGCCCCUGGAUGUAUUGUCUGUCAUCGGCCAGGUGACCUUGGUCCUCGCACUACUCAGCACAUAUGUUCUACCAGCUUUCUUGCAUAUUGUUGUACAUAACUUCAAGCGCCCGCUCUCAAUCAUUGUACCCACACAUCCCUCUACACCAACCGCCCUCCACCAGCCCUCACACCCCGAACCAUCAUCUCCUAUUCUAGCAAAUGACGAGCUACUGCAGCGCAAAGAACGUUUGCUGCAGAAGCGACAGUUCCGGAAACGGCUAAUAUGGGACAUCGUAGCUUGGCUUUUGCUUGUCCCGCUAGGCGGGGGCGGAUUGACUUGGACCGUUGUUUUAUCUGUAUUUGUUCUAUCUGAUACCGCAGUUGCGUAG